GCAUGUUCAGACACACCUGCUUUCUUGUUCAGUGGAGGAGCUAACAAAACAUUCACUUUUGCAUUUCCUCAAGUUUUCAAUGGGACUCAGCGAAUAAAUUGCUUCAGUUUUGAUUAUGGUUCAACAGUCGACUUUGCUUUGCAACAAGUAAAUGUGGGUAUUGAGCCCAUCAUUUGCAGGCAGACAUCAGCGGCAUGACUUUUGCAUUGCGCUGGAAAAUGUAUUUGCCGAUCUUUAAGAUUGUGGGAGUAUGACUCGUAUUUGCACGUAUGAAACAACCACUGGAUUCGAUUUGGAAGACUACCCUAGAGAUACUAUAUGGGUGGUGGUUUAUUUUGUAUUUUUUGUAUUGUUGCCACGGGUGGCAAUGCCACGUAAUAUAGGCUAUUGAUACACAAAGGAGUUAUUCUUGAUGUGCGUGGAAAGUGGGCGAAAGGACAGGACCUACCGCAGCAAACAUUAAAACGUUAAAGACGUUGUUUAACAAACUUGAUACAUUCAUGAAUGAUAACAAACUGAAGUGCUUUGUUUGAAGAAGUCGAUACAUUGUUGCUGGAUAAGGAUACAUACAAUCUGACACUUGGAAACUACACUUUUCUUUGAACCGUUCGUCAGCCCUAUAGGUCUCCAUUGUGUGACGUUGUUUUUAGUCAUUGAGCCAUGGAAGAAGAGGGCGAGCCAGUCGUAAACAUCUCGGACGUCGAGCAAUUCCACCAGGAAUCCCCCUCUGAAAACGGAGUCAUGUUGGUUGUAAACCACAGUAACAUUCAACCCCCUUUCAGCGUGGUGUUGGCCACUUUGUUGUAUUGCGCUGAGUUUGUCUGCGCGGCUGUGCUUUGCAACAUGUACCACAAGAGCGAUGACGACACCUGGAUGGGGUUGACCAUCACCUUCAUGUUGGUGCCCGCUGUAUUGACUCAAUUGGCGCUGACAUUCAUUCAUAGAGACUUGGGAAGAGACCGCCCCCUGGUCCUCUUCUUGCAUCUACUUCUCCUGGGCCCACUCAUUAGGUGUUUCGAGGCUCUGAUGGUUUAUUUUAAGGCAGGCAAAAAGGAGGAGCCGUACGUGACCAUCUCCAGGAAGAUCAAGCUGAAGAAAGACCAGGGCACGCCCAUGGAGUGGGAGAUUGGCCACUCAGAGCGCAAGCUGGCCACCCACCGGAACGCCUUCAAACGCACCGCCGUCAUCCAGGCCUUCCUUGGCUCCACCCCUCAGCUCACCCUGCAGCUGUACGCCACCAUCCAGGAGAAGUACUUACUCCCCGUCAGAAUGACUCUGAUGAUUAUCUGCCUCAUCUCCGUCACCUACGGGGCCCUGGUGUGCAGCGUGCUGGCCAUCAACAUCCGCUACGAUGACUACAAGGUGCGGCUGCGCCCGGCCGCCUACCUCUGCAUGAUCCUGUGGCGGGUCCUGGAGAUCGCCACGCGCGUCACCUCCCUGGUACUGUUCAGCACGGCGCUCACCUACUGGGUGAUCCCCGUUGGCCUAGGCAACCUUCUUUUCUUCUUCCUGCUGCCCUGGGUCGAAUUCUGGGCACGACGUGCCUCGCUGCCCGAAAACGUAGAGAAGAACUUCAGCAAGGUGGGCACCACAGUGGUACUGUCGCUGGUUACCUUCCUGUACGCCUGCAUCAACAUCUUCUGCUGGUCGGCCGUGCAGCUGGACCUGGGCCACCGCGACCUUAUCGAGAAGAAGCAGCGCUGGGGCCGCCUGGCCGCCUACUACGGCGGACGCUUCCUGGAGAACGGCGCGCUCAUCACCCUCUGGUACUUCCACAAGUCGGAUUUCUACGAGUACGUGUGUGCCCCGUUGUUGGUGGCUCAGCUGCUCAUCUGCUACAGCCUGGCCGUGCUCUUCAUGCUACUCUUCUACCAGUUCUGCCACCCGUGUCGGCGCCUCUUCAGGCACAACGUGCACGACUGCCUGGCCUGCGUCUGCUGCUGUAUCUGCUGCCGCAGGGGUGGGGGGAGAGAGGGGCAGGGGCAACCCAAUUCCUAUUCCACCACUGCCACCAUGGUGCUGGUGCCAUUGGAGCCGCCAGAACUGCAGCCCCCCGACCUAACCAGCCAGCUGGUGGAGCGGGAGACAGCCAUCAUUGAAGACAUAAUGGAGGCGGCUUGAGAAGGCCCCAUGUGGUGAUUUGAUGAUAUGGGGUCAUUGCGUGGUACAGCUACUGAACUAAUGGCUAUGUACACUCAGGACUGUUAUACUGUGAGUGGUGCAGAUGAGACGGACAGAGCUGCUAGUUCUGCACUGCGGUGCACAGAGGACAAGUUGGUCCCAAGUGGUUAGCUAAGCGCAUUUGAAAUUGGUACCAUGAUUUUAUCGAUUUUCCUCAUUUUAGAAUAACAUGUGCAUGCAGAGCUUUGGGCUCGAAAAGAUCAGCUGUGAUAUAGACAAUGUUGCAUCACUGUUGUUGAAUGGGCAUACUGUACAGGUAGAGAGGCACUGGGCCGCGGGAGACCAAAGAAUAUACUCUGAUAAGAUAUGCCGCCGUGAUGCAUAAAGGCAGACUUGAGAAUAGCAGCACCAGGGUCAGAUACAGGGGGGCCAGGUGUGUGGAAACAUGUUGCCUCGGGCCGACUUGCCCUGUUAACUGGGACUUCCCCUGAUUACCAGCGGUUUACUAAAUGAAUAAACCCCAACAUGUUGCAUUAGGUCUCUUUCAUCCACACGUCAAAGCCCAUAUGUAACAUGAAGGAAAUGAAAGGUCAGAUGAAAUCCGAGCUACCUUCCUCAAACCCCACUCCACCCACUGUGUAUUUAAUGAAUGUUUUGUAUUAUUAGUACCUGGCCUUUUUUUUUUUGCCUUUUGCGCACAGUGUUUAAUUAAAAGUCAAGCUCAGUGAGUCAUGCCGUGUUCACUUGCUAGUCGGGAACUAGGAAACUCAAAUGUCCAACUUGCUAACCGGUUGAACGCGGCACGAAUUACAAGUUGGACAUUUCAGAGUUUUGUAGUUCCAACUAGCACGUGAACGUGGCAAUUAGACAUGGAUCAUUUUAAAGAACAAAUGGGUUAAAGAGACAAUGGAGAUUUGAUGUAAUCACACACAUUGUAAUUGAGAUGCAAUUCACAACUGUUUACGUUCAAUGAUGCCUUUACCGGUAGUCUGAGUACCAGUCUCUUUACCUAACGUUCCACUCCUUUUCAUUGCCAAUUGGGAUUAGCUAAAGAGACUGGUACCCAGGCUACCUUAAUGGUACUGUAUGUCUGAAAUAUUCAAGUCCAUUAUUAGUCUGCUUUUUAAGUGUAUGGUCUGUUCAAUGGCAUGUUAAGUGCCUUAACUACUACAUUAUUACUUGAAUAAAAAAGUUAUUGAAUACUAAAUUCUGUAAUAUAAAGAAAACACAUUUUAAUUUUAAUUUUAGCAGUAGUAGCCUGUAUGGACUUUCCAAAAACCAUAUACAGUUCAUUCUGAAAAUAUUCAGACAACAUGACUUUUUCCACAUUGUUACGUGCCUUAAUCUAUAAUUGAUUCAAUUGUCCCCCCCCCCCCCCCCCCCAUCCAUCUGCACACAAUAACCCACAAUGACAAAGCAAAAACAGGUUUUUAGAAAUGUUAGCAAAUCCAUUAAAUAAAUCACUGAAAUAACAUAUCCGUAAGUAUUCAGACCCUUUUGUUGAAGCACCUUUGGCAGCGAUUACAGCCUUGAGUCUUCUUGAGUAUGAUGCUACAAGCUUGGCACACCUGGGUUUGGGGAGUUUCUCCCAUUCUUCUUUGCAGAUCCUCUCAAGAUCUGUCAGGUUGCAUAGGGAGUGUUGCUGCACAGCAAUUUUCAGGUCUCUCCAGAGAUGUUUGAUCGGGUUCAAGUCUGGGCUUUGGCUGGGCCACUGGGAGACUUGUCCCAAAGCCACUCCUGCGUCGUCUUGGCUGUGUACUUGGGGUCAUUGUCCUGUUGAAAGGUUAAUAUUGACCCCAGUAUGAGGCCCUGAGUGCUGUACUUUGCUCCGUUCAUCUUUGCCUCGAUCCUGACUAGUCUCCCAGUCCCUGCCACGGAAAAACAUACCCACAACAUGAUGCUGCCACCACCAUGUUUCACCAUAGGGUUGGUGCCAGGUUUCCUCCAGAUGUGACGCUUGGCAUUCAGGCCAAAGAGUUCAAUCUUGGUUUCAUUAGACCAGAGAAUCUUGUUUCUCAUGAGAGUCCUUUAGGGGCCUUUUGGAGAACUCCAAGCGGGCUAUCGUGCAUUUUAUUGAGGAGUGGCUUCCGUCUGGCCACUAUAUCAUAAAGGCCUGAUUGGUAGAUUGCUGCAAAGACAGUUGUCCUUCUGUUAGGUUCUCCCAUCUCCAGAGAGGGACUCUGGAGCUCUGUCAGUGUGAUCAUCGGGUUCUUUGUCACCUCCCUGACCAAGACCCUUCUCCCUUGAUUGCUCAGUUUGGCUGGGUGGCCAGCUCUAGGAAGAGUCUUGGUGGUUCCAAACAUCUUCCAUUUAAGAAUGAUGGAGGCCACUGUGUUCUUGGGGACCUUCGACGCUGCAUAAAUGUUUUGGUACCCUUCCCCAGAUGUGUGCCUCGACACAAUCCUGUCUCGGAGCUCUAUGGACAAUUCCUUCGACCUCAUGUUUUUGCUCUGACUUGCACUGUCAACUGUGAGACCUCAUAUAGACAGGGUGUGUACCUUUCCAAAUCAUGUCCAAUCAAUUGAAUUUACCACAGGUAGAAUCCAAUCAAAUUGUAAAAACUUCUCAAGGACGAUCAAUGGAAACAGGAUGCACUGAAGCUCAAUUUCGAAUAUCAUAGCAAAGGGUAUGAAUACUUAUGUAAAUAAGGUAUUUCUGAUGUUUUUUUUAAUACAUUUGCAAAAAAUAUAUAAAAACCUGUUUUCACUUUGUCAUUUUGGGGUAUUGUGUGUAAAUUGAUGAGGGGAAUAAAAUACAAUUUUCGAAUAACGCUGUAAAGUAACAAUGUGGAAAAAGUCAAGGAGUCUGAAUACUUUCCGAAUGCACUUUAGAUCCAUAGGAAAGUAACUUGAGAUGUUCUAUAGGUGCAGGCAUGGAUAGACAUGAUCGGGUGGUGGUUUACCCGAAUAUGGCUCAAAAUUGUCUAAAGAAAAAGGCCUCUCCUCAAUUCCUCUGCUUGGAGCCCAAGAGCCAACCAUAGUCGGUCCCAAAAAAAAGUCUUCCUCAUUCCAAAGGCGUGGGAAAGGGGAUUCUAACACGCUCUCAACAAAAAUAAAUGAUUACAUCCUCCCUGGGGAAAUGCAAUUUGAUGGACUGUAUUUCCUUGGCAUAACUUUGACUACUGACCUGAAAUGGGUGGGGUUCGAACAGGUGCACUGUAUAAAAACGACUGGUAACGGCUUAAAGACCAGUAGUGGU